UAUAUUAGCAAAAUCCCCCAUUUACGAUACCUUUCUCUGUUAACGGUAUUUUCUUGAUCGAAACAAUGGAGACUCCACUUAUUGCAAUUAAAGAAUCUGAAAAGAAGGAAAUGGCGAAGAAAUCAGCUCUUUUUGAUAUUACAAAUGGUUCACCAAUUGUUGGCCUUGCUACAGGGGUUUUGAAAACCCCAUCAUCUGCCGUGUCUAGGAGAAAAUGUUCUACACCUGGUUCAGGGGAAGCAUUGUUAAGAGGUCAAGUGAAGAAUUUAUUGCAAAUGGUUGAAGAAGAAGCUCAAAUCUCAUGGGGGGAAACGACUAAUAUCUUUCAUGUUGCCCCAACUCCAGCAAAUACUCCUCUCAUGGAUCUCCUCUCUACCAAUCAAUUGCUGCCACCUGUCACCGCAUCCCCAGUGGAAGACAAGUUUGUCAUAUCUCAGAUAUUGAAUAAGAUUGUGUAUGAGGGGAAGAAGAAGCAAGAGAGUGUUGAAAGUGAGAUGAGUGUUACAAGAUCUCUACUGCUGGAUUUUUGUGACAAGUCAGAAUCAUCGGUUGGUUUCUUCAUACACCAAGAAGACGACGAAGAAGAAAAAGAAAUUGAUGAACUAUGUGAAGCAAUAAGCAGUAUGAGUGUUAAGGUAGGAGGACAGAAAUUUGCUGGCAAAAAAACCAAGUGUGUGUACAAUAGUGACGAUGAAUUUGUAGGAGUUGAGGAUGAAUCUGCAGCUUCACCAGAAAGGAUUGACUAAUCCUAAAGAAAAAGGAACCUUUACUUUUUUAAUUUUUUUUGUUUUGCUGUUGUGGUUUCUGCGAAGACACCAAGAACAGAGGUGUUGUGAUUUAAUUACAUUGAUUCUGUAAGUUUUGGUUCAUAUUUCAUUUGGACCAUUCAGAAUAAUUUGUUGUCAAGUCCAUGUUUUUUUGUAUCUUUGGGAAUUUGCUUCAACGAAAUUACAGUGCUUUGUUGGGGAUUGACUUAAA